UGCGCAAUUCACCAUGGCUAGUCUACUUCGCCAAUACAUGCCCCACCUUGCUGAUCACCAAACUGUCAUUCAGCCUGCUGCUAUCUCUGCUCCAUCUCCACGGUCUCUACCUUCGCUUCAUACUCGGCUCCCUGCCCAGCUUUCAUAUCACCUUCGUAUUGCAAUGGAAGGGGCCAUCUUGGAAACUUCAUAUGGGUCUGUUGGUAUUUUGGGCUUCCACGAAUCUUCUUCAAUCUUUGCUUUUGGGAGGUCAUUACCAUCAAUUACCAACUCCUACUUGGUUGAGAUGUUGGCGGUCAGUGAGGCUUUAGAUCUUCUUCUCCAAUGAGGGUGGAAUACUCGAUCGGUCCUGAUUACGACUAACGCACAACAUGUUGUCCAUCAAUUGGUUCCUCGUACGAUGUUUGAUGCUCGGGGGAUCAAUUCUUAGAGAGGUUCAUAGUCUUUAUGUCUUCUACCAUUAGUUCAUUUCGCCUACACUACUUGAGUAGCGAAUCAGGCUGCCCAUUUUGUGGCACGGAAUGUCCUACGCUAUCCUGGACUUCACUCUGGUCUUUACGAUUUUAUGUAUCUUCUUGGUCUUUAAGUCGGUGGAGGUAUCUUCUCUUGUGAUACGCCGCCCUUAACUCAUCUUAUCCGCAAGGAUAAUUUAGAAAGAAAAAAAAUUAUAUAAUUAAAGCUUCAUGAGGAUCACACAUAAAUUCAGUAAACUUUAGGGACCAAGGCGUAACUUUGUUCAAAUUUCAUUUAAAAAGAAAUUCAGAAACAGACACGGGAGAAAAGAAAACUGGCAGCUGACUGAAUAAAGCGAAGUAUCAGUUUCUUAUUUUCCUCUUCCAGCUCCAGUUUUCCUCGCCGCGAAAUUAAGCGAUCGGCCGAAAUUCCUCUCCACGCCGACAAUCCUGCACGCCGGAUUCCUAUUCGUAAACAGCUUCAUCUCUGUUCCAAAUCCAUCGUGUAAUCCCCUCCGGUAAGUCUCUCUGCUAAUUCAAUUUCCGUUUCCAGUUAAAGCUAUCUUGCAUUUCGUUUCAGGAAAGUCGGGUAAUUCUCAUUUGUUGAAUUUCCCGAUUCUAUUGUUUGAAAGAAUUUUGCUUCCUUAGAUGGGCUUGACUUGAAUUGAACGACUCUAAUUGGGCAACGGUUUUUUGUUUGUACAAGUAAAUAAAUGGCUGGGAGAAACCGCAUCCCUCGUGAAGCAUACGGCGAUCGGCGUGGGUUUCCACCGCCGGAGAGGCAUUUCAUGCGUGGCCCACCGCAUCAUCAUCGUCCUCCGCCUCCUCACCCUGCUUUGCUGGAGGAGGAGCUCGAAAUGCAGCAUGUUGAGAUGCGAAGGCUGUUGGGCGACAAUCGAAGGCUGGUUGAAGACAGAAUAGCUCUGCAGCAGGAGCUUGGUGCGGCCAAGGAGGAGCUUCAUCGUAUGAGUAUUGUUAUUAGUGAGAUUCGCAGCGACCAGGAGAUGCGGUCCAGGGAGCUUAUUGAGAAAGAGAUGAAGCUGGAAGCUGAUCUUCGGGCCACUGAGCCUUUCAAGGCUGAAGCUGUUCAGCUGCGUGCGGAAGUGAAGAAACUUAAUAGCGCAAAGCAGGAACUUGCCAGCCAAGUUCAGACUCUGAAGCAGGACCUUACGAGAGUGAAAUCUGAGAAUCAGCAGAUUCCGAAUUUCAGGAAUGAGAUUGACGGGUUGCAUAAGGAGCUUAUGCGUGCAAGAGCUGCUAUUGAUUAUGAGAAGCAGGCGAAUAUCGAGUUGAUGGAGCAGCGACAAGGAUUGGAGAAGAAUAUGAUUUCUAUGGCACGGGAAGUUGAGAAGCUCCGUGCGGAGCGUGCCACUGCUGAUCCACGCUCGUGGGGUUCUGGUGGACCUUAUGGAAUGAAUUACGGAAACCCAGAGGGCUCCCUACCUGCUUCUUAUGGACAAGGAUAUGCAGCUCAUAUGGAUGCUAUUGCUACUGACAAAGGCCCUAUGUAUGGAACCGGCCAAGCUUCACGGGAGAAGCGGCCCCGACGCUAAGAUGGUUGCGAUUUAAUUCUCUGAAAGACCAGGAACACCUUCUCUGGCUAUUGUUAGUGAGGCUGCCGGUUGUUUACCAGUGGUAUUUUAUCUAAAUACGUUGUCUGCCACUAUCAACUGGUUUAUGCAUUACUCGAACUGUUACUUUGCUUCAGUGAUCGUACCAUUUUGCACUUUAUAUCCUAAUAAUAUCAUGGUAAAGUGGAAGUUUGUACCUAUCUCUGCUAAGGCUUAGUCUUCUAUAAUUUAUUAUCUCUGUUUCCACUAAGUAUUGGCAUGCAUAUCAGUUCUUCUAGAAGCUAAUAGCUAUAAGGUUGUGGAUUCAUGGCCCUUUGAUAUGUGAAUGGCAAUAAUUUAGUAUAGGAUGUAAGUUAGAAGAUGGGACUAAGGAGAAAAUCAAGGUUCAGAAACUAGAUGACCUUACAUCAUUAAAAUCAGUUUCAACUUUAUUUUUUAUGUACGAUGCUCAAAGUCAGUGUGGGAGAAUUCCCAAACUGGAGUUGAACUUACAAGAUUGGAUCAGUUUGGCGGUGAGGGAUCUGGGGAUGUUCAUUUUGGUUUAGUUGAACUAAACUAGAUGAAUAUGACCAUUCCUUUAGCUUCUAGAACCCAUUGUAGUGCGUUAGUCCGAAUUCAAAUGCUCCUGAACGAAGGUAAGUCAAGGGAGGGAAAUGCUGGAGCUACAUCAGCUCCUGCAUUCCAUGUGACACCAUAGAUUGCAGCUAUUGGUGCUCACAUCUCUGAUGUAAGUGACCACUUGUAUGUUCCAAAGUGGGAAUUAAGGUCAACGAGAUUUUGUUACCUACUCGAUUUAUAGACUUAGAUGCCCUGUCCCUAGUUUAAGGUAUCUUAGGUCUCGGGAUGUAAAGGAGCUGACUUUUAACGUAUUCUAUAGCCUUCCUUUUAACUUAGGCUUUUGGAAUAUAUUUGAGCCAGUUCUAGUGCAUCAAGUGGUGGAGCCUUGGAGGUGACUCAACGAACACAAAAAAUGAGCAGAUCCUAACUAGCCUCUAUGAUUGACUUUUGUGAGUAAGCAAACCCACUAGUGGUUUAUGGACAUGGAAAAUGUCCUACAAACUGGAGGAUAUGGUAGAAGGUUCAGCCAUAAUUAGGAAUUUUACAAUAUCCUCUUGGACCAAAGUUUGCACCUUCUGCAUACGUUGCCAUGGUGGUCUACGACCCUUUGUUCCUCAUUCGGUUUGCUCAGUGAACCCAUUAAACAUCCUGGUCGCAUAGCCACAUAGAAGACACUUCAUGCUGUCAAAUUGACCCACCUACAAUUUCCGAAGGCCAAUGAGCAUGCAAUGGGAAGGGAAGCUGCACGACUAACACUACAUAGGCAGGUAUUUGUCUGUACACUGGUUAAAUGGAUGUGGCCCUUUUACUUCCUUGAAGCUAGCAUUAUGACCUUCUGAUGUUAGUGUUUAUUUCAAUUAGAAGUUAGGCUGAUCUUGAGGUGAUAGGUGUUCCUCCUUUAUCUCACGUUCUGGAGUUGGCCUAUGCUUAGGCUUCUAAAUAUGAGAUGUUGGGUAGUUGGCCUCUAAGAGUUUACACAUGUAUGACUAUUGUCUUCGCUAAGCUUGAAAUGGGAUGUUUUUAAGUCAUUCAUGUAAAGAUGGCCCGGUAUGUUGAGGUAACUUCUCAUUUUGGUAAUACACUUAGGAUUGUGAUGCUAUGUACUUGACUGCCAGAUUUACGUUGCUCCUGAGUGGUAAAUGAUCAAUAUGGAGUUGGUAGAAGUACAUUCUUCGAGUAGUUAUCAGAAUCGAUCUGUAGUUUCUCCACAUGUUUAACAUGUGAUAGCUAUAGUAAACUAGCUUGAAGUUGAUCUGAAGGAUUAGUGAGUUCCCCAUUUGAGGUGCAUUGCAUCUUGUCUCCAUACCCUUUUUACUCUCUAUAGAUGAUGACAAGGCAUCGAGCUUAGUACUGAAGGUUGUAGUCAAUAGACAGUUAAGUUGCUG